AUGAAGCCCUGGGCUCCUUUUGUUCUAGCCCUUUCUGUUGUUUCUGGUGUGUUUGCUGCCAGUUCGUCUGCUGAGAAGCUCCAGAAAUAUCAGUCGCUUUCUCGAUCUGGCCCGGUUGACCUAGAUAGUGCGGCAUUUGAAGAGCUCACAUCGGCACCGCGCGAUUAUUUUACUGCAGUUAUCCUCACAGCAAAGGAUGCUCGGUAUGGCUGUCUCAUGUGUCGUGAAUUUGACUCGGAGUGGAAUUUCAUCUCCCGCAGCUGGAAUAAAGGAAGCAAGCCUGAUGACUUAAAAAUGGUCUUUGGCACCGUUGAUUUUGAUCAGGGCAAGGCGGUUUUCCAGAAGCUCCCGUUGUUCUCUUAUUCCCCCCCCACUUUUGGACCAUUUGCUAAAGUGGAAACCGACCCAGCGAGGUUCGAUUUUACAGGACCUCUUUCUGCCGACCAACUCUAUGCGUGGAUUUCUCGUCACCUUCCUGAUGGCCCUAUCCCUCCUCUGGUGCGACCUAUCAACUACAUGCGUAUUAUUUCCGCCAUCACGAUUUUGAUGGGAGUCGUCACGUUGUUCACCGUCCUCUCGCCCUAUGUACUGCCAAUCAUUCAGAACCGGAAUCUUUGGGCGGCUAUUAGCUUGAUCGCUGUUCUCUUAUUCACAAGUGGCCAGAUGUUCAAUCAUAUCAGGAAGGUUCCCUAUGUCGCUGGAGAUGGACGUGGAGGGAUCAGUUAUUUCGCCGGUGGGUUCCAGAACCAGUUUGGUAUGGAGACCCAAAUUGUGGCCGCCAUAUAUGCUGUCUUAUCUUUCGCUACUAUUGCACUCGCGGUCAAGGUCCCUCGAAUGGAAGACGUCAAAGGACAACAAGUAGCGGUCUUGAUUUGGGGUGGAUUGCUUUUCGGAACAUACAGUUUGCUGCUCAGCGUGUUCAAGACUAAGAAUGCUGGCUAUCCAUUCUACCUCCCUCCAUUCUGA